CGCGAGCUCGCUGUGGCGCGAGUCAGUAUGUGAACAAGUAAGCGCUUCGCUAUGUUGUCGUUUUAGCUAGUUGGAGGUUAAAACAGCCGUGAACAUGUCAAAUCACGUUAACGGUGAAAGGACUGAGACGAAGCCUGUGACUGACAGCUUUUGUGAGGCAGAUGGCUUGGAGUUAUUCAUUCAUGCAUCGUCCAUAAAGGUAGAAUAUUAUAGAUCCUUUGAGUAUUGCCUGAAGGGGGAAAGACCCAUGUAUACCCGACGCACCACUAGGAAGAGCCCCCGGAGAAGCCCCAGCCCAAAAGAAGAAGUUAUCCAGCGUAGGUUGAGGGGUAGGAGGCAGGGGACGGGGCUGAGGAAGACCAAAGCCGGCGACAGCGUAGUUCAUACAGAUGAUGGAGGGAAGCGUGACAUCAUUGACAUCAUCAACAGUACACAUGCUAAACAUGCUGAGGAGGAUGAAGGAAAGUUUAUUGAGGUGGCUGAUGAAGGAGUGGAAGAGUUGGAUGAAGACAGUUCCUCUGUUUCCAGCAGCAUAGCUUCUGGUCCUUCCCUCCUACACAACAUCGCUCCUAAGAAACCGAGGCCCUUGCAGGGCAUGUGCUCAGCCUGCCAGAAACUCUACCAGAAGGCAAAGAGGAUGAAAGCACCGAUUAAAAAUAAACUCCUCGACAAUGAUCCUAAAUCCCUGACAUGUGACCAGUGGGUCCUAAAGAAGAACUGGAGGCCGAGGAGGCAGUCUAAUAUAAGAGGAAAGCUUUUGACCCACAUACAGCUGGUCAAAAAAAGACUUCAGAUCAAGAACAAGGCAAAGCGAACUGUUGAACAUGUGGGAGAGGGAGAGCCAUCAGCUUGCUCAAGACCACACACGUUCCUUCAGAGGAACCUUCGACGGCUUCUCAGAGUUCCAGUGAAAAAGGAGAGGAAGAAGAACAGGAGGAAGAGGACGAGAGAUGAUUCUCAGGGUCCUCGCGUCGCCAAGCUGCAGCGUCUCCACAGCAACAAUCACCCCCAACACAUCAGUACUGGCUGGACUGUAAACGACAGUCUUCACCCACCCAGUGGUCACAGUGGCAGUCCUGGUUUUGAAGAGUGUGGGGAGCAAGAAAUCGACGAUCCAGCCAGCGCAGAUCUCACUACUGAGUUCUUUCCCUCUGCAGCCCCCCUGGAAACCACCAAGCUGAAAGGGGUCACACCCAGUCAGAAAGCACAAAACAAGACUUGUGGAUUCAGAAACUUGCUGGCCCAGUUGCGUGGCAACAGCAGCAUGAUUGUCAGAGAAACACGUUAGUGAGGUGACUCGACUUUCUCUCUCUCUCUCUCUCUUUUUUUUUUUUAAAGAUGAAGUUUAAUCGCUAUAUUCAAGUGCUGAUGCAGCUUUUAUUUGUGAUGUUUUUGUUGAUCUUCAGCCUGGCUAUUAUUCCUGUUCUGAAUAUCAGUCUGCAAAUACUUUUUGCCAUGGAGUUGUAUACCUAUUUGUUGGAGUCAAAGACAGUUUAUUUGCAAGUUCUGGUCAGUUCCACACACUUGCAUGCUAUUUAUUUUUUCUUGAAUUACAAAAUGGCAUUUAAAGUUUCAUACAGGAUAACUGAAUGUAUGUGUGUUAUUUUUUACAUGAAUUCUGUUUGAAAUUGUACACUUGAAGUUGGAAGUUUACAUACACCUCAGCUAAAUACAUUUAAACUCGCAACUCCUGACAUUUAAUCCUGGUAAGCAUUCCCCAUCUUAAGUCAGUUAGAUCACUACUUUAUUUUAAGAGUGUGAUGUCAGAAUAAUCGAGAGAAUGAUUGAUUGAUUUCUGCUUUUGUUUCUUUCAUCACAUUCCCAGUGGCUCAGAAGUGGACGACGUACUUUUAGUAUUUGGUAGUAUUGCCUUUAAAUUGUUUAACCUGGGUCAGACAUUUUGGCUACUCUUCCAGAAGCCUUUCAUAAUAAGUUGCUGGAAUUUUGUCUCUUUCCUCCCAACACAACGGCUUUAACAGAGUCAGGUUUUUAGGCCUCCUUGUUUGCACUGCUUUUUCAGUUCUGCCCAUAGAUUUUCUAUUGGAUUGAGGUCAGGGCUUUGUGACGGCCACUCCAAUACCUUGACUUUAUUGUUUUUAAGCAGCUUUGUCACAAAUUUGAAAGUAUUCAUUGUCCAUAGACCCAUGUGUGACCAGGCUUUACCUUCCUGGCUGAUGUCUUGCGCUGUUGCUUCAGUAUUUCCACAUAAAUUUUCUUUGUCUUGUCAUUAUGGCCAAAUUGUUCAAUUUGU